AUGUCGUCUACCCUAGAACCCAAUAUCGCCGCUGUUCUUCCCGUCAAACAAGGCCAACUGACGAUCCAACAACUUCCUGUACCAACUCCGAAUGAGGGCGAAUUACUGGUACGUAAUGCCGCCGUCGCUGCAAAUCCAUCAGACUGGAAAUUCCAAGCCCUGGGACUCUCCAAAAACUUCCCAGCGGUCCUUGGCAGUGAUCUCGCUGGUGUCGUUGUAUCAGUUGGCUCUGGUGUAACGCGCUUCAAAUCAGGGGAUCGCGUCGUCGGACUUGCGCUAGGUGUUCUAAGCGGGGACAUGGCCAAGGCAGCGUUUCAGACGUAUACUCUUCUCGAUCAAGUUGCGGCCACUCACUUGCCAGACAACAUCAGCUUCGAGGAAGGUUCUGUACUUCCCGUCGGUAUACUCACCGCGGCCAUCGCGCUGUUCGACGGUCUCGAGCUACCGAUGCGCGAGAAAGCUGCCGAGGAGGACGGAGCUAUUCUGGUGUGGAGUGGUGCUUCGGCCGUUGGCGUGUCAGCAGUGCAGAUAGCGCACGCGCUGGGAUGGAGUGUCUACGCUACUGCAAGUCCAAAGCAUCACGACUGGCUCAAGACCUUGGGCGCGGCAGAUGCAUGGGACUAUCGUGACCCGCAAGUCGCGCAGAAAAUAGCACAAGCAUUGAAAGCUUCCAGAACAAAGAUCCGCGGCAUUGUCGAUGCCAGGGCACAAGACAAUUCCUUUGCGUCUGUUGGUGAGAUACUCACUGCAGCUGAUCUGGCAUCAGAAUGCAAGGCCACUGCGGUACAGCCGUGGCCGAAGGAAACGCCGCUGCCAGCUGGGAUUGAAGGACACCAUACCUCGUGCGUGGGAUUCACCGUCAACCAUCCAGAUAUAGCAAGCUGGGUUUUCGGUGGCUGGCUGUCCAAGGCUCUUGCAUCCGGCAGGAUCAAGCCUGCGCCAAAGGCUCGCGUUAUCCAAGGCGGCUUGGAAGCGACACAGGAGAUGCUCAAUAUGCUUAGAGCCGGGGCAAGUGGCGAGAAGCUUGUCUUGAAGGUUUAA